UCGAGCGUGAACCAGGUCCACGAGACUAAGCCAGGAUGCCUGCAGAAGAACUCUUAUCUUCCAGUGCCUUCUAGUCCUGAAUGCAGAUGUGUAGAGAGGCAGUAGUCAGUUGUACAUCGGGAGGUCCACUCAGAGACAAAGUCCAGCAGUUCCAUGAGUGACUGAGAUAGUUAGCACAGUAUCCACUGCAGGAAAUCCAACAGUAGUCAGACAGAUCUCCUGCAACACACCCUCUGGGAUACAUCCAUCUUCCGGCAUCCUGAACCCAGUCUGAACUGUGACAAUGAAACAAUCCGCAAUUCAAUAUGAAAGAUAACAAUUUGAUUCAGUCAUAAUGAUACAGUAAUGUUGUAUGUGAUUCUAAACAUGUGCAA